CGUAAGACCAUUAGUAUACCUUUAGAUUUAUUGAACAGUUCACCCUUUUCCGCGCGAUGGCUUCAAAAAACAGAUUUGCGUUGUUCAUAGGAACCUUCGUUGCUACUAUUUUCUUAAACAUAUUACCUAAUAUAAGCGUAAAUGGCGGUAUCACGCGCUAUGGUGUGCCAUUUACGAUAGAUUCAUACGGCGUCGAAAGAUCUUUGGAACCUUUCAAUCUGCAACCUAGAUUAUACCUGAAUGUCACUUAUGAUAUUUAUGAAGUAGACCCGACAGUGCCUCCCACCGAGAGAGCAGAGAUAAUGCUAGAAGAUGAUAUGCUUAACAAUUCAAAAUUGAAAAUUACUUGGGAUAUCGCUGUGUCAACCAAUCCUACCUACAAUUCAGAGCAAUUGGCUGCCUAUGCAUACUCGAUGUCUGAACCUGAAUAUCUGUACAUUGCGUUUAAUGACGAAACAAGCGCAUUUCGGGAUGAUUCAAAUUACUAUACAUAUUACUACAAGGGAUUUUACGGACUUCUCUUGCUGGCGUGUCAAGAUUAUGACUUCGAACUUUACAGAGGGGUGAAUUACACAGUUCCGGCCGAAGUGAAUCAAUACAUUCGCUUCAAUCGAUUUUUGUCAUCAAGUAAAAAUUUGGAAAUAGCUCAAAAAUAUGCUAACUCCUCUACGGGACAAGGGACGAUAUUUGUAAUCCAAGGAACUAAACACGCUAAUCACAUUGCACCAUACAGCACUGUCCCAGAAGACGAAGAGUACCUUAUUUCCCAAGAUGCGCAGUUCUUUGUAACAGAUGUUGGAACAAUGGUGUAUCCUGAUGGAAAUGAGGCUAUUCAAGUUACAAUGUCUUUGGUCCCUUACACAACUGACAACAAUGUUUUUGUUGAUUUGUCUAGAAAAUAAUCAAAUUUCAAAAGACAAACAUUAUUUCAUUUAAUCAACAGUUUUUAACAUUAAAUUGGCAUAUGUUAACAUCUGAAAUAAACAGCAGAAACAAUA